ACUAAAAACCCUAACUUUUUUCUCUCUCUCUCUCUCCAAUCUAGUUUAUCGUUUCAUUUCUACUAAAGGACUAUUCACGGAUCCAUCACACCGAUGAAAAGCUUGCAUGUGGCGGCUAACGGCGGAGAUCUGGCUGAGGAUUGUGGAAUACUAGCCGGAGAUGCUGAUGAUACUGUUUUGAUGGAUGGAAUGGAUGAAGUUGGGAGAGAGAUCUGGUUAGAUGACCAUGGAGGAGAUCAUAAUCAUGUUCAUGGUCAUGAAGAUGAUGAUUUGAUUGUUCAUCAUGACCCUUCAAUGUUCUAUGGAGAUCUCCCAACGCUUCCUGAUUUCCCAUGCAUGUCGUCAUCAUCAUCGUCUUCAACAUCUCCAGCUCCUGUCAACGCAAUCGUCUCCUCAGCCUCUUCUUCUUCGGCAGCUUCAUCCUCCACUUCCUCAGCUGCUUCUUGGGCCAUAUUGAGAUCAGAUGGAGAAGAUCCGACUCCAAACCAAAACCAAUACGCAUCAGGUAACUGUGACGACUCUUCUGGUGCAUUGCAGUCCACAGGUUCCAUGGAGAUUCCAUUAGACAAUAGUCAAGGCUUUGGUUGUGGCGAAGGCGGUGGUGAUUGCAUUGAUAUGAUGGAGACUUUCGGGUACAUGGAUCUACUUGAUAGCAACGAGUUCUUUGAUACCUCAGCUAUCUUCAGCCAAGACGACGACACGCAAAACCCUAACUUGAUGGACCAAACACUCGAGAGACAACAAGACCAGGUUGUUGUUCCGAUGUUGGAGAAUAAUAGUGGUGGAGACAUGCAAAUGAUGAAUUCUUCCUUGGAACAAGACGAUGAUCUAGCUACUGUGUUCUUGGAGUGGCUUAAGAACAACAAGGAGACUGUGUCGGCUGAGGAUUUGAGGAAAGUGAAGAUAAAGAAAGCGACGAUAGAGUCAGCGGCGAGAAGGCUAGGCGGUGGUAAAGAAGCGAUGAAGCAGCUUUUGAAGCUGAUUCUUGAAUGGGUCCAAACGAAUCACUUACAAAGAAGACGCACCACCACCACCACCAACAACAACAACAACAACUUCUCUUAUCAACAAUCAUUCCAACAAGAUCCAUUUCAAAACCCUAACCCUAAUAACAACAACCUAAUCCCACCGUCUGAUCAAACCUGUUUCUCACCUUCCACAUGGGUUCCUCCACCACCACCACAACAAGCUUUUGUCUCCGACCCGGGUUUUGGAUACAUGCCUGCUCCAAACUAUCCACCACCGGGAGAGUUCCUUCCUUUACUUGAAUCUCCACCGUCAUGGCCACCACCACCACCACCACCACAGUCUGGUCCUAUGCCACAUCAACAAUUCGCCAUGCCACCAAACACGCAGUAUAAUCAAUUUGGAGAGCCAACAGGUUUCACAGGAUACAACAUGAAUCCGUACCAAUAUCCUUAUGUUCCUGCAGGACAAGUGAGAGACCAGAGAUUGCUACGUUUAUGUUCCUCAGCAACUAAAGAGGCAAGAAAGAAACGGAUGGCUAGACAAAGGAGGUUCUUGUCUCACCACCACAGACAUAACAACAACAACAAUAAUCAGCAGAGCCAGACCCAAAUCGGAGAGACCUGUGCCGCCGUGGCUCCACAACUUAACACCGUAGCCACAACCGCCACCGGAGGGACCUGGAUGUAUUGGCCUAAUGUUCCGGCUGUACCGCCGCCUCAAUUACCGCCGGCAAUGGAGACUCAAUUACCAACCAUGGACCGAGCUGGCUCUGCUUCUGCUAUGCCACGUCAGCAGGUGGUACCAGAUCGUCGGCAGGGAUGGAAACCAGAAAAGAAUUUGCGGUUUCUCUUGCAGAAAGUCUUGAAGCAAAGCGACGUGGGUAACCUCGGAAGGAUCGUCUUGCCAAAAAAAGAAGCUGAGACACACUUACCGGAGCUAGAGGCAAGAGAUGGCAUCUCUCUGGCCAUGGAAGACAUCGGAACCUCUCGUGUUUGGAACAUGCGCUACAGGUUUUGGCCUAACAACAAAAGCAGGAUGUAUCUCCUCGAGAACACCGGCGAUUUUGUGAAAACUAAUGGGCUCCAAGAAGGUGAUUUCAUAGUCAUAUACUCCGACGUCAAGUGUGGCAAAUAUUUGAUACGUGGUGUUAAAGUAAGACAACCGACGGGACAAAAGCCGGAGGCUCCGCCGUCAUCAGCAGCCGCCACGAAGAGACAAAACAAGUCGCAGAGGAACAUUAACAAUAACUCUCCGUCGGCGAAUGUGGUGGUCGCUUCACCAACUUCUCAAACUGAUAUUGUAGAGAUGAUUAAUUCUGGAAAUGGUGUUUGUGUUAUAUUUCUGGAGAGAUGAUUAUAUAGUUCUUUUGUUGUUGUAAUUUGUUUAUAUUACGUAUGAGGCUCAUUUCUUGAGUUGAGCUUACAUAUCGUUUAUGAUGUGAAUGUUUCGUGCGAAUAUAUGUUUAUAUGGAUA